CCGGGGUCUGGGGACUUAGGGAUGUGAGAGAGAGCCGGGGGAAGGGGGUGUGACAAUUCAGCAGAGGUCGGGAAGUACCACGGAGGCCAGUGGCGGGGGGGGGGCAGAGGACGUGGUCACCGAGGGGAGCCCCCGCCCCCCUUGGUAGAGGCCUACCGCUGGGGUUGCAGGGAGAAUUGGAACUGGGCUCGCUGUAAAGGGAGGCAGCGCGUUAAAUCCGCCCCCUCCCCACACCCUACUUCCGAGGGGGUGGGCAACAGACGGGAGGUUGGGGUUGGAGAGUCGGCAAAGGGGCCCCUCCCUUGCACCUCCCCCCACCGGACUUGGUCGCGCCCGAAGUGUAACACUUUCUCUUUGUCGAGAAGCUCUUCUGUUUCCUGUGCAGUAGCUCCCAUUGCGGCGCACCCGUGGCAGCCCUGGAGGACGCAGGAGCGAUGGCAGCGACCGACAUAGCUCGCCAGGUGGGUGAAGGUUGCCGAACUGUCCCUCUGGCUGGACACGUAGGGUUUGACAGCUUGCCUGACCAGCUGGUGAAUAAGUCAGUGAGCCAGGGCUUCUGCUUCAACAUCUUGUGCGUGGGCGAGACGGGUUUGGGCAAGUCCACCCUCAUGGAUACCCUGUUCAACACCAAGUUCGAAGGGGAGCCAGCCACCCACACACAGCCGGGUGUCCAGCUCCGAUCCAAUACCUAUGACCUGCAAGAGAGCAACGUGGGGCUGAAGCUCACGAUUGUUAGCACGGUGGGCUUUGGGGACCAGAUCAACAAGGAGGACAGCUACAAGCCCAUUGUGGAAUUCAUCGAUGCGCAGUUCGAGGCCUACUUGCAAGAGGAGCUGAAGAUCCGAAGGGUGCUGCACACCUACCACGACUCCCGAAUCCAUGCCUGCUUGUACUUCAUCGCUCCCACAGGGCAUUCACUGAAGUCUCUAGACCUAGUGACGAUGAAGAAACUGGACAGUAAGGUGAACAUCAUCCCCAUCAUCGCCAAAUCAGAUGCUAUUUCUAAGAGCGAGCUAACAAAGUUCAAAAUCAAAAUCACCAGUGAACUUGUCAGCAAUGGGGUCCAGAUCUAUCAGUUCCCCACAGAUGAUGAGUCGGUGGCAGAGAUCAACGGAACCAUGAACGCCCACCUGCCGUUUGCUGUCAUUGGCAGCACGGAAGAACUGAAGAUAGGCAACAAGAUGAUGAAGGCACGGCAGUACCCCUGGGGCACCGUGCAGGUUGAAAACGAGGCCCACUGCGACUUUGUGAAGCUUCGGGAGAUGCUGAUUCGGGUCAAUAUGGAGGAUCUUCGGGAGCAGACCCACACCCGGCACUAUGAGCUGUACCGCCGCUGUAAGCUGGAGGAGAUGGGCUUCAAGGACACCGACCCUGACAGCAAACCCUUCAGUUUACAGGAGACAUAUGAGGCCAAAAGGAAUGAGUUCCUAGGGGAGCUGCAGAAAAAAGAAGAGGAGAUGAGACAGAUGUUUGUCCAGAGAGUCAAAGAGAAAGAAGCGGAGCUUAAAGAGGCAGAGAAAGAGCUGCAUGAGAAGUUUGACUGUCUAAAGAAACUGCAUCAGGAUGAGAAGAAGAAGCUGGAGGACAAGAAGAAAUCUCUGGAUGAUGAAGUAAAUGCUUUCAAACAGAGAAAGACGGCGGCUGAGCUCCUCCAGUCUCAGGGUUCCCAGGCUGGAGGCUCACAGACUCUGAAAAGAGACAAAGAGAAGAAGAACUUUUUUUAAUCUUAUCUUCAGCAGCUGCACUAAGUCUAAAGGAGAAGACUGCCAUUAUAGAAGAGUUAGGGCUCCAUAUUGUCUCAAACCAGAAACCAACCAUUUCCCUCUCCCUUCAAACUGUGCACAUAAUACACACAUAACACACUCAACAAAUGUACAUGUGUCCCUGUGUCCAGGAAAGAAGCUCUCUUCUGACUUACAAGGUAUUUUAAAAUGAAAUGUCUUGUCCCAAACUAACAAGGCAGGAAAAGAAUCAUCAGAGCUGGAAAAUGGACCAAAUGUAAUCUCAGAGAGACAACUACAGGACCACUCAGCCAAGUGUAAGUGACUGGGGCAGGAGACCUCAGCUGUGGGUGUGGAAGUGCUGUUUACAGGUUUUGUUUGAGUUUUAUGCUUUUUUUUUUAAAGAACAAUUCUCUCUUUCAAUGUGUUGACUAUCUUCGGCCACUAUUAAACAUUUCUGAAUAUGGAAGAGAAAGUUGAGUGAUAUUUGCAUCUUCAGCAUUCCCAGACCUUCAGCAUUCCCAGGAGAAAAGAAUAUCCCCAGCAAGGGGGAAAAUGGAUCCAUUAUCUAAUAUUCAGGUGGAGAAAGGAGCCUAGAGCAAAAUUAUUCCAUUCAAACUUCCAAGGCCAUUUGAGGUUUCUGUUCAACCUGGGAUCUGGAGGGAGAGUUUUGAUGUUGAUAAAUCUGCCUUGAAUUUAGCAGUUUAACUUCCAUCAAAAUACCAUGUGAGAUAGAACUCUAGCACCAUCACCACCAUGCUGCUGUCCAGUGUCUCUAGAGAGCCUCUUUGCAUGUUUUCCAGAAUCUGUUUGUUUUCCCUUUCUUCUCCUCUUUUUUUUUUUUUUUCCUUAAAGAUGUGACCUUCCCGGGCUUUUCAUUUUCCAAGAGAAAUAUCCCAGAACCAGCACUGUUUAGCUUGAUACCUUUCUAAUGUCCAUGUCAGUUUUCAAUAAAAUUCAAAUAAAUACUAAA